ACAACAGAUAACAUUGACAAAUGCCUGCUGUAAAGAGCAAGCCUAUUCAGGACAGAACUUCGUUAAUGAGAAAGGCGAAAGAAGCCGCCGCGAACGAUACUAAAUUAGUCUUUAUUGACUCACGUGAGAAAAUGGACUCCCAGGAGGUCCUUAAGAAAGUGAAGAAAAUUAUGAACCCUAGAGUGACGUGCAUCCGUAUCGAAGACAUAAGGAUGACUGCUGAGGGCGGUGUAGCGGUCAAAGUGGAAGCCCCGGACGACAGGCAAACUCUGUUAGCGAAUGAUGCACUUGGCCAAGCCGGCCUUAACGGUCGGACGCCAGGCAAUCGGAAUCCGAGAAUAUUGAUCCUGCGUGUCCCUAAGGAGAUUCAACCGGAGGACCUCUCAGAACAGUUGUGUGUGAACAAUGGCCAGGAGGAAGCCUGGGAAAGGACCAAUAUCCGACCACUUUUCACUCUAAAGUACGGCACCGGCACCAGAGAAGAGUCCCCGCAUCUAUCCUGGGUAGUCGAGGUGGACCCGCGCACGUGGAAAGACGCAACAACCCGAGGCAAGGUUUACCUGGACUACCAGGCAUGUACAAUCAAGGACUAUACAGGGGUCAUCCGCUGCUACAAUUGCCAAUUGUACGGGCACGUAGCGGCGGUGUGCCCCAAAAAAGACCCGGUCUGCGGCAUCUGCGCCGAUACCCACGACACUAGGCAGUGCCCACGCGAAACGACACGGAGUAUCCAUUGUCACCGAGCGGGCAAGGACAGUAGCCAUCACGUGGGUUCCUUACAGUGCGAGGCGCACGCGCGAGCCAUUGCCAGAGCCUGGUGCGCCACGGACUAUGGGGAAACCAUGGAUACUGGCGGGAAGCACAAGAGCAAUGCCGACCAAGGCAAACAAGACGCAGCCUCUAUUACCAUGGACACGGACGUUACAGAGGAUGGCGCCAUCCGUACGGCUGAGCAAUGAUGGGCCCACACCGGCAAAAAUGUGUUAAAAAUCGCCCAGAUAAAUUGCCACAAGUCUGAGGCUCGUGCUUUGGCCUAUCAACAAGGGAUCCACGUCCUCCUUGUGCAGGAACGGUGCAGCAGAGGAGUCGAUAGAGCCAUGGGGCUGGCAGCGAGAGUUGUCCGAACCGUGAGUCGACGCCUUCGAGGGCAGUGGUACAUCCUUGAUAAGGAGACCAAGCCAUGCCAAAAUUUUAGGGGGGGGGGCAACCAGCGGUUCGCGAGCCACAUGCGGCUCUUUGAAGGAUUAUUUGUGGCUCUCGAUAUGUACCCGAUUUCCCUUUUCAUUUUUGUGCUAUUAUAUUUUUAAAAAUUAUCAUCGUUCCGUAUGUGUUUCAAAAUGUCUUUUAAAUUACUGACAACAAAUAUGAAAGACUAAGUGCAACGUUGUAACAAAUUUCAUUUCCGUCCAAGUUAAGAACGAUAUGACUCAUCGAAAACUGCGCGAACGAACAUAAACAGUGGCGAAAUCGGAACCGACUCCAGACCAAUUUUGAAUUUGUAAACUUUCAUUGCUACGGACAGUUGACAUUGUGCUCUGGAGGAAACAAUUUGUAUCACUCUUGCUACGGAUAUAAUUUGUAAUCUGGAAUUUUUAGUAAGUUAACUAAAUUUGUUUCGUAGUAUGUAACACGUGUUGUUAUUGUUUUAAUAACACGAAACUUGUAUUUUCUAAAUUUCUUUAUUCAUUUCCAAUUCUUUUAAAAAUAUAACGACAGAGAACGAAAAUAAAAAAAGAAAAUACGAGCAAGAAAAUAGAAGUUUUAAUAAUGAGUGGGAGGAGAAUUUCUUUUUUAUUGACAACAACGGAAAAGCAUUAUGUGUUAUUUGUAAUUCUACGGUCAAAAAUUAUAAAGCUAGCAAUUUACGUCGACAUUAUGAAACCAAUCAUCCUCAGUUUUCUAAUCAGUAUCCACCAAAUUCCAAAUUAAGAUCAGAUAAACUUGCUUCUUUAAAAUCAAAUUUAAAUAAACAACAGUCAAUUUUGAUGACCUUUAGCAAUCAAGCUAAUAAUGUGGCUGGAGCCAGUUUUGUUAUUGCCUGGAAUACUGCUCGUGCAAAACGCCCGUAUGGAGAGGGAAGAGUUUAUUUUAAAAAAACUUGGAAGAUGUACUUUUUUAAGUUUUAGGUCCAAAUAAUGCAGCAUUGCACAAAGUUGUUUCGCAAAUUCCCAUCUCGAGACACACACCCGAACGACGCAUAACUGCAAUUAAUACAUCUCUUGAAUAUAAUUUAAAAAAUGAUUUGAAGAACUGUAUUGCAUUCAGCUUAGCCCUUGACGAAUCGACAGAUAUCACAGAUCUACCGCAAUUGGCAGUUUUCAUAAGUUUUGUUUCACCCGAGUUCGUUGUUAAAGAAGAAUUAAUUAUUAGAUUUAGUAGCACUUCAAGAGUCAACCCGCGGUGUCGAUAUUAAAAAUGCAUUAGAUUCCAUAAUGAAAACUUUUGAUGUGCCUCUUAAUAAACUUGUAAGCAUUGCAACUGAUGGAGCUCCGGCAAUGCUGUGUAAAAAAACGGUCUUUUAAGAGAUGAUUCUCAAAUUCCACAAUUCAUACCGAUUCACUGCAUAAUUCACCGAGAACAUCUUGUUACAAAAUAUUUAAAAUAUCCUGAUGUUAUGAAAACAGUGUUACACAUUGUAAAUUACAUUCGCACCAAUGCAAAAAAUCAUCGACAAUUCAAAAAUUUCCUUGAAGAAUUAAAGGAUGAAGAACUUCCAAAUGACAUUAAUUUCUUUUGCAUUGUUAGACGGUUAUCUAGCUACAACGUAUUAAAUCGUUUUGUAGAUUUGUUUGAUCCGAUAACUGCAUUUCUAAAAGAAAAGGAAAUGACCUAUUCAGAAUUAGACGAUGACGAGUGGUUACAAGUCUUAAUGUUUUUGACUGAUGUCAUGGAACAUUUGCAAACACUGAAUUUACAAUUGCAGGGGAAAGAUAAAAUAAUAUCUGACCUCUCACAGUGUAUAUUUAGUUUUCAAACUAAAUUAAAACUUUUUCAAAAGGACAUUAAA